CACUCCUCUGUAUGUAUAGCGAAUGCAGAAAGUACUGAAGACGCUCUGAGGCUGCUUUUGGAGACAAAGACUUAUAUUUGUGAUAACAUUCCUUUAUGUUGGCAGAGCAUACAAGGAAAGUAAGGGCUUCGUGAAGGCGUGACAUGCAUAAGCACUUUUAACCCCUUAUCUUCAUAGUUGCUCUGUCACAGUGAGGCAAGUCUGGUUUAGUUGGAAGAGUUUAUUCUGGGAACUUGGUCUUUAAGAAGAUACAACAGGGUGUGCACAGCUUGUUGGGAGGUGAAGACCUGCAUAUUCCUCUGGCAUAGUUAUAUUUGUUUUUCUCUUGAUUAUAUCGAUCUUCUAGUCUGGACAAUGGUUACUUUCCAGCAAAAAAUUUUACACUUGGUCAAGUGUUUCAGAAGACAAUGGCCUUUAUUUUCCAACUCUGAAAGGACUACUGUAUGUGGAGCAGACUGCAUGUUGAUGGCGUUACAACUGUCCAUGGCUGAAGUCAAUAAACAGCACCGUGGAGACUUCACAGUAUCACUUAGUGAUGUGUUGGAAACAUGGAACUAUUUGUUGCAUGACAAACUGGGAUUGUAUGAAAAUAUGAAGGAACCUGAAAAUUAUGCUGAUGUGAAAAAAGCCUAUCAUGCCUUCUUAGCAAGAAGCAAUAUGUUAGAUUUAAUAGACAUAUAUCAGAAGUGCUGUAGUCUUGGACUUUUAGCUGAAGAUGAAAGUAUAUGCCCUGUUCAACUGUUGGAGUUUAUUUCUGGUGUAAUGAAUGCACAAGAAAAUAAUGGUUCUGUUCUUUCUACUCCUACACACAACAGACAGGGCCAGGAGCAUGUGAAGGUGACAAUCCUGGCAAAGAAGUCUGUCUGUUCAUAUUUAAGCCUUUUGGUGAAUUCCAAGGAUGAUCUGGCAUUAGCUCAUAUCCUAAAUGUUCCUGACAGAGGACUUGGUAGAGAAGCCUUCACUAACCUGAAACAUGCUUCACAGGAGAGAAAAAUGUCCAUUUUUCUGAUGGCAACAUCUUUUAUCCGGACCAUAGAACUUGGAGGAAGAGACUCUGCAUCUUCUUUGUAUGAUCCUUUAAGAGCCCAUGUAAAAGGGCUUUCCAGCUUUGUUAAUUUUAUUGACAAGCUGCAAGAAAUUGUUGGUGAAAUCUUAAAUACAAGAAUCGCAGGGGGGCGAAUUCUGUCAACAGUGAAGAUGCAUUUGAUAAAAGGCCGAAGCAAUGGGGAUCCUUUCUGUCAGGCAGUAGAGGAAGCUGUACAAGACUUGGAUUUGAAGAUUAAAAAUAUUAUCGAUUCACAACAGGAAUCCUUGACUGCUAGCACUACUGGAGUCAGUCCAGCACGGCCAAAAUUGCAUUCCAUAAAUCAUGGCACUGCAUAUUGUGGCAGAGAUACUGUAAAGGUCUUGCUAGUUCUUCUGGACGAAGAAGCUGUCAGUCCUCCUACCCAGAACAAAGCAGAUCUGCUGUGUGACAAUGAAAGCUUAAAUUUGUCUGGCAUCACCUCUGUUUUGACACUCUUCAGAUCUCCAGCACGAUCCAAUGGCUCUUCUCCAAAACCUCUUAGACAACGUAUUCUGAAAUCUAUGGAUGAAAAAGUAAUUAAGAUGAAGCAAUCUUCAAUUAAAUCCCAGUUUGCCUGUACGUAUAAAAAUGAUCUGAGUGAAAUGAGUGGUCAGCAUUCCCAUGCAAUUCCAACCUACAAACAUCCUGUACCAAAGCAACAUUUAAAAGCUGGAAAGCCCACAGAAGGUCCAAAUUCAUGUCUUGAUGUACCAGGGCUUGGAACUAUUUCUGAAAGUGUUCACCAGACUAGAAGUUAUACAGAAAUGGGAAAGCUGAGUUGUCAGCCAAGGAACAAGAACUCUGAGAAUGAACAGAUGGAUUUGAAUAAUGACAAAAUAAUCUGUGACAAGGAAAGUGAACCAUCUUUGCAAAAAAAUACUAAAAGACUUAAGACUUCAGACAUCUCUAAGAAGGAAUUGGACAGCAAAAUUGGUGGAAAAAGAAAACAGACCAAAACUGCAAGUAAGAAUAAGUUGAUUGCUGGUCAGGCAAAAUUAACUCGCUUUUUUCAACUCUAAGUUUUUGUUUU